AUGCAUCAAGCCAUUUUUGGUAUUGACCUUACAAGCACGGAAUAUGGAGGAAUUACUCCGUACUCCAUUACCUCCUAUUGAUGGUAUUGGAACUUAUUGGUGGUGGCACGGCUGGUGGGGUUGAGAAAGCUGAUGGUCCAUGACUCCUUGGUUGGUUCGGUCGGACAUAGACAGGAAUAAUGGAGACUCGAGAGUGGGCGGCGGGCGGCAGCCGCAUGUGGAGUCUGUGCGUGUUUACUAGACGCGACUUUCGCGUUUUCCCAUAGUUACCUCAUGCAGGCAUACCACCACGUUUAGCUUCUACUCAUCCCAAUGACACCAAACAUGACUUCUUGGGGUGUAAGGAAGCCCAUCACGACAUAUUCUCGAAAGAAGAAACGGCUAUUACCUGACGAAGAUGAGGAUCGGCCAACGAAGCAGCAGCGCGUCGCAGCGAGUGAACAACCAAAUAUUACCCCGGCUGCUACAACCACGAGCUCGAUAACAUCUAGACCGACUACAUGCGAGCUCUCCAAUACUCCUGCCUCUAGCCCACCAAAUGCGCCUCCUGUAAUAUUUUCCGAUGGCUCGGCCAGGUCCACGCCCCCCUCAUCUCCUCAGCCACCAUAUUCUUCUCCUCCGAUAAAUACACGGCGCUCGAAAUUCUCAUUUAUGAAACGAAGACCAGGCCCAACGUCUGUUGCGAAAGUUCCUCUGUCCACUCGUUCCGACAACGUCCCCGGAGUGAGCCAACCCCCUGCGAAGAAGGUUCGAAUGGUACAAAUGCAGCUCGACUUGGUAGGAGACUUGCGCAAAACUUGUAAGAUGUGUGGGAUGGAAUACAUUCCAUCGAACGCCGACGAUGCCGCUUUGCAUCGCAAGUUCCAUGCCAUGAACGUCGGGGGUGUGGAUUUCGCUAAACCUUUCGUGGACAGGUUGAGGAAAAACCAGAUCUGGUCUGGUGUCGACAGGAGCUUCAUUGCUGUUGUGGGACGAAAAGACACCGUCGCAAUGCGGAACAAAGCCGUCGAAGUGCUUAAAGUUGUGGACACCGAGCUCGGUGCGGUGAACAUUGCCGAGGAAACGUUAUGGGGACAGAUCAGUACUUGUUCGAACACUCUCGAAGCGGAAGAAGCAGAAGUCAAUGCAGAGCAGCAAAGAAGGAGUCAGAGGCGGGACCGCUCUAUGAGUGACCGCUACAAGGUGUAUCUAUACGUCCGGGGCCAGAAAUGCGUGGGCGCGUGUCUUGCGGAAAGGAUACAAGAAGCCUAUCCAGUUCUGGGCCAUGAAACUUCUGGAGAUGCCGUUGAAAUGUCCGCCACGAAGGUUCAGAGUUCUUCUAUCUCCAUGGACACACAUCCCGUGCCUGCCAUCCUGGGCAUCUCGCGCAUCUGGACGAGCACCAUGCAAAGAAAGGCCGGUGUGGCUACAAGGCUGUUGGACUCAGCGAGGGAAGACUUUCUCUACGGAAUGACGGUUGAGAAGGCGAUGGUCGCCUUUACCCAGCCGACAGAAAGCGGUGGGCAGCUGGCACGAAGAUGGUUUGGGCAAGACGCCGGAUGGCAUGUGUAUGUCGAUUGAAUGACAGACAGGCUUAUCAUGAUGUCGUGAACGAUGGCAAGAGCCUAGAGACAGCCAUCAUUCCAACUGUACCGAGUUACUAUUAGUAUUUUAUUUCAAUGCUUACCUGUGACAAGGACAAGGUAAUCUGUACCAAUGAAGGGGGUGAAAAGAUGCACUGGCAUGACUGGGUACCUUGUAGGUACUUGUAUGACAUUAUAUUCCAAUACGUCCACACCUACAGAUGUGUGUGGUAGUCUGCACUGUUAUUGCUACUAUGUGUUGCUCGUACUUUGGCUUUUGUAAGGACCACGCAGUACGAGAUACCUACCUGGGUUGUUGUAACUUGAUAGAUAUUAUAAAAAGGGAAGGCCAAGCCCAAGGAUCAUCCCUGCGUGGGUCGUCGUCAUUGGUG